CCUUUUGUGCUUUUUUAAGAUUUGCACGGCCAAAGCAGGAUCGCUAUAAUGAUUUAUCUGCUGAUUGUAAGCAUGCUGCUAUGGAACUCUGUGAGAUGCAGUAAAGGUAGUCAUUUUAACACAAGCCACGGUGGAGAUAUACACUUAGCAUUAAAAGAUCUGCAAUUACCAGUUACCUGCAAGUGGACUCCAAGAUACCAGAGGUGCAUUGGAGAUAUGAAAGAGACAGAAAGAGAAAUUUAUUACAUUGAUGAGGAUAAAAAUGGUACAGUAAAGCAAGAGAGAUUCAAGGACAGACUGCACCUGGAAAAUUCCGACAACAUUAAACUGGUUCUAAAAAAUGUAACAAUGAGUGACACUGGAAUAUUUAAUUGCAGUAGCCAUAACAUGCAUUAUGAAGCAUUUACUGUGGAGGUAUCACCAGCUUGUGCUCACAAUGGCAUACCAUCUGUUUCAGUCGUGAAAAAGGACAACAUUUUUGAACUAUGUUGUACUUACUGUGAUGGAAGUCCAAUAUCCGAAAAAAAUUAUGAGUGGCAAUUGAAUGGGGAGAAAAUCAGUCAUGAUAUGGCUGACAUUUCCCUUCCUGAGAAAAAUUGUCUUUCAAUUGCAGCAACUAAGUAUGAGGGAAAGUGGACUUGUGGAUCCCACGUUGAAUACUGUCUGGAAGGAAUUUCGGAGAAGGCAACCAUAUCACAGAAAAAAGACAACUUUAAAGACUCAGCGGGUUAUCUGGUAACAGGAUUUUUAAUUACACUGCUUAUUUUCUCAUUAAUUGGAGCUGGGAUAUGGUACCGCAAGACUAAAACAAAAAGGAUGAAGAACAGAAAUAACAAUUCUACUGUAGCAGGUGUUUCUACAGGAGAACACAAACAGCAACAGGAUCAGGAAGUUCAGUACAGCCUGAUAAACAUCUCUGUGUCAAAUAAACAGCAAACUGUUAAUUCAGAAGAAAGGGUAAUAUAUUGUGAUAUUGUUUCAAAAUAAAAUAAACGCAGUAUUUACUGGGGUUUCAAAAAUGUGUCCUAUAGGCAAUAAAGUUAUUCAAGUAAUAGCUCUGGCCUUGAAUUCUCGGACUGGGUGGUACACUACAUCUAUUUUGGUUUGAAUGGGUCUAAUGCACAUCCAGUAUUUUAAACAUUGAUUUCAGAUUUUCUGCUUUUCAUUUCACCUCUUUCAUCAAUUCAUUCAGCAUGAAUAUUAUGACGUGGGCUUGAAAAUGCUUUCUGUUAUGAUUCUUUUACAUUACAGGGUCAUAGGGAAGCACAGUUAAUUCUAGCAGCUUCAAGUAUAAGGAAGGGAUGAUCUGAACUCACCCUCACUCACUCAAACCAUGUCCUCUGCUAGCACCUCGGAAAAACAUUAAAUGUGUGUGGUGGGGAAUAAAUCCUCGAUGAGGCCAUGAUGUUAUCUCCCAGCAGUGAAAUGAGAAAUGAAAAAAUCAGUUUGUGUCUUUGAGCGUGGUGCUUUACUAAUAGAGUGUUUCAGGAGGUGGGUAAGUGGACUGUCAAGCCACCUCAUAAUCUGGAAACAGGCUGACCUAUUUAGAAGGUAGAGAUGGUUCAUUUGCAGUCGCACUUUGUGUUUUUGCUGUAAUCAUAUUUUCAUUGUAUGCUUUGAUUAAUUAAUCACACUUUCUGGUAAAGACCUUGACUUUGCCACUCUUUGUCAUAUAUUAGGGUGGCAGGGAAAGGUGUCUUUGUACAAUACACUGUAAAGAUAUUAUCUGUGUGAGUAAUUUAUGUGGUAACAAAUGAACAGACAUGCUCAGUGAUGGAGAGUAAAAUUUUUAAGCAAUAUUUUAAUUGUUAUUUUUUAAAUUAAGGGCAAUACUAUGUUUGUAUGCAUUGUCAAAUAAAACAUGAUUGACUGGA